AUGUCCUCCUCAGCCUCUGGAACGAUCCCCUCGAUGGAAAGCCACAGCCAGGAACUCAAGGACGACACCCUCAUCAUCGUGCUCGGCGCCUCUGGCGAUCUCGCAAAGAAGAAGACAUUCCCCGCUCUCUUCGGUCUCUAUCGCGAUGGCUUCCUCCCGCGCGACGUGCACAUCGUCGGCUAUGCGCGCACAAAGAUGGACGAGGCCGAGUUCCACAAACGCUCUACCUCCUACAUCAAGAACCCCAACAACGACGAGACCAUCUCCGCAAAGAUCGGCGAGUUCAAGAAGCUCAGCAGCUACGUCUCGGGCGGUUACGAGGACGCCCCUUCCUUCCAAAACCUCGAGAAACACCUCCAGCAGAUCGAGUCUUCUUAUCAGUCCAAGGACCGCAAUCGCGUCUUCUAUCUCGCUCUCCCCCCCUCCGUCUUCAUCCCUGUCGCUGCUAACCUCAAGGCCAGCUGCUACAGCCAGCAUGGAGUCAAUCGCAUCAUCGUAGAGAAGCCCUUCGGCAAGGACCUCCAGUCCUCCCGCGAGCUUCUCACCGCGCUCAAGCAGCACUGGACCGAGGACGAGACCUUCCGAAUCGACCACUAUCUCGGAAAGGAGAUGGUCAAGAACAUCCUCGUCCUCCGCUUCGCCAACAUCGCCUUGAAUGCUGCCUGGGACAAGAACUCGAUCAGCAACGUCCAGAUCACCUUCAAGGAGCCGUUUGGCACGGAGGGUCGGGGUGGAUACUUUGACGAGUUCGGCAUCAUUCGUGAUAUCCUACAAAACCAUCUUCUCCAGGUGCUGAGCAUCCUGACGAUGGAGCGACCAGUCUCCUUCGCGGCCGAGGAUAUCCGGGAUGAAAAGGUGAAAGUCCUCCGCGCCAUUCCGCCUAUCGAGCGUAGCGACACGCUGCUCGGUCAGUACGUCGCCGCGAACGGCAAACCCGGCUAUCUCGAUGACGACACGGUCCCACACAACUCCGUCUGUCCCACAUACGCCGCGACAACUCUCUGGAUUAACAACCCCAGGUGGGAGGGUGUGCCUUUUAUUCUCAAGGCCGGCAAGGCCUUGAACGAGGCCAAGGUCGAGGUGCGCAUCCAGUUCAAGGACGUCACCCAAGGUAUCUUCAAGGACAUCUCGCGCAACGAGCUCGUGCUGCGCAUCCAGCCGUCCGAGGCCGUCUACCUGAAGCUCAACACGAAGACGCCCGGGCUGUACACGCGCGCGCUGCCGACGGAGAUGGACCUCACCUACAAGCGCCGCUUCUCCGAGUCGAAGAUCCCCGAGGCGUACGAGGCGCUCAUUCUCGACGCGCUCAAGGGCGACCACUCCAACUUUGUGCGCGACGACGAGCUCGACGUCGCGUGGAAGAUUUUCACGCCCAUCUUGCACUGGAUCGAUGGCCAGAGCGGCCCCCGCCCCAAGCCCGUCCCGUACCCGUAUGGCUCGCGGGGCCCGAAAGAGCUCGAGCCGUUCAUCGGCAAAUACGGCUUCAAGCGGGCGACCGAGGGAUACUCGUGGCCCGUCACGAACCUCGCCUUCCUCUGA